AUGCUUCAAAACCAGUGUCAUGCAGAUGUGAUCACACUUAACACAGUUAUCAAUGGAUUUUGCAAGGUGGGGAGGAUUGAUGAAGCUCUAACGGUAUUACAGGACAUGUUGAGUGGUAAAUUUUCCGCUCCCAAUGUUGUGACCUUCACUACUAUAAUUUCUGGUUUAUUGGACACUGCAAGAGUUGAUGAAGCUGUUGAGUUGCUCCAUAAAGUAAUGCCUGAAAAUGGUGUAAGACCGAGUGUUGCGACAUAUAAUGCUUUUCUCCGAGGCCUAUUCAAACUAAAGAGGCCAAAUGAUGCAUUGAGGGCCUUCAAUAAUAUGGCAAGUAAUGGCAUUACUGCAGAUAGUACCACUUAUACUGUUGUGGUAGAUGGUCUAUGUGAAUCUAACCAAAUAGAUGAAGCAAAAAAUUUUUGGCACAAUGUUAUAUGGCCUUCAGGGAUUCAUGAUAAUUUUGUUUAUGCAGCAAUUCUAAAAGGGUUCUAUCGCACCAAUAACUUUAAUGAAGCUUGUCAUUUUUUGUAUGAACUGGUAGAUUCUGGGGUGUCUCCAAAUAUAUUUAGUUAUAAUAUUGUGAUCAAUUAUGCUUGCAAUCUAGGUUUGAAAAGGGAGGCUUACCAUAUUGUUAGAGAGAUGAAAAGGAAUAAACUCACACCUGAUUGUGUGACAUGGAGGAUUCUUGACAAGCUACAUGGCAAAGUGAGGACGCACAAUCAUUUUGAAGAUCGAAAUUUGUCAGCACUCUAUGACAGAGCUUCACUUGGUACUUGA